CAAAUAAACAAUUUUUGUGCGUGUGUGCGAAUUAAAAAAAUAAAAAUAAAAAUGUAAAAAACAAAAUAAAUUUUUGAUACUAGAAACGCGCGUUGUAAACUCAGCUCAGGUAUAAAUUUAGCAAUAAAUUAACAAUAAAAAAAUCAUAGACUGCAAUUUUGUGUACACUUUUUAUACAGUUGAAAAAUUAACGAAAAUUUUGAAGAACCAAAAAUAUUUAAACAUGCUGAGGCAGUUGCUUAGCAGGGCUUAAAAAAUACUUUGUUAAGAAUAAGAAGCGGAAAUAGUUGAGAGCAGCAACAAAUUUUUUAGACACGUGCGAAUUUAUGGCGCCGCGUCGCAGCAGCAGUAGCGGUAACUCUCAACAGCAGCAGCAGCAGCAGCAACAACUAGAGCUACAACUCCAGCAACAGCAGCAGCAGCAGGAGCUGCAUCUCUACAACUCCACUCUCCACUUCCCGACUCCACCAGUAAACAUGGCGCCCAUGCAGCAAACGCUCAGCGUCGGCGUUCAGUUGACGCGCUGCUGCUAUCCUAACGGUGAAUGCACCAAACUGGACACCCUCAUCGCCCUGGAUGAUCAGAGUCGGCUCGGCGACUAUGUGCGCGUGGUGUGCAACAAUGAGAACUGCAACGAGGGCCAGUAUAUGCAUCGGGAUUGCUUCGAGCAGUGGGAGGCGGGCGUGCUGCAGCAGCUGAAGGCGAGCGCUCGGGGUCGCAGCUGGUCGGAGCGGCAGCGAGUGCAGCAGUUGUGGACCAAAAAGGGCUACGAUCUGGUCUAUAAGAAUUGCAGCUGCAAGUGCGGCCGUGGGCAUUUGCGCAAGGAUCUGGAAUGGCCGCCGACUGGAAUUUGUUUCCAGCGGUCGUUGAUUGGCGGCGGCAGCGGCAGCGAUGACGAUGACAAAAAGGCGAAGGCGAAGAAGAAGCGAAAUCGCAAUACCAAUGGGAAUGCCAACAAUAACAACAACAACAACAACUCAGCCAACAACCUAAAACAAGGUGUUGUUGCUCUAGCGCCAAUCAACACGAAUGCGGCGAAUAUUACGCCCAAUCCGAAUGUGGGCGUGAUUGGCUCUGGUUUGCCCCACAACAACAACAGCAACGCCAGCAACAACAACAGCAGCAGCAAUAAUCAGGCAACUGGCUUGCAGCCCAGUGUUGUGGCAACCCUCAGCAACAUACUCAUGAGCAACAACAACAACAACAACAGCAAUGGUAACAACAACAAUCACAAUGUGUUGGGCCUAGAUUUGCGUGCUCGCGCUGGAAGCCUCUCUUCCAGUGGUUCCAGUUCGCCCUCGGCCUCGCAGUCCAGCGCGGACAGUUCGCUCUCGCCCGUGCAGCAGCAACAGUUGCACUAUCAGCAACAGCAACAACAGCAGCAAUUGCAGCUGCUGCAACAACAACAACAACAUAACGGCCUCGGCCUGGCCAAGUGCCUGCUGCAGCCACCAACACCAUCAGCAGCAGCAGCACCGCAGCUGCCCUCCUUGGCCAACAUCAGCGGAUUCAAGCCGCUCGCCAGCUACGAUCAGCAGCAGCUCGUGCAGCAGCAGAAGAACAAAGAAGUCGAAAUCUACUCGGAGCGUGUGCGCUCCACCUCUGGUUGCAAUGGCAUCUUCUCACGUCGCGUGGAUUUCUCAUCAUUCAAUUUGCUGCCAAAGACGCGUUUAAAUUCUUAUCAAGUUAAGGUAUGUUGUGGACUUUUCUCUACAUAAAUCUAAUGUUGCAUUUCGAGUUUGGUAUGUACAGACAUUUCCUAUAUAUAUACAUUUAUCUGUAUAGAGAUGACUCAUCCGCUACGGCUAAUACAAACGUGAGUAGUUCACACAAAAUGCAAACAGCAAAUGCUAUCAAAGUCUGAUAUAUAUAUAGUUGAUGUGCUUUACCUUGAUAUGUCCAUAAAUACAUAAAUUUAUAUAUGUAUAUAGCUUUUGUCUCGUUGUGUGGUUGCCCCCACAUUGACUGCUAUUGUUGUUGUUGCUUGUCUGGCAUCACAUCUGUAGCUAAUUUACAUAAUAAGCGCACAGCUGUUAAUUAAUAACGUUAACGGGUCACCUGGCCAAUAAAUAAAGCCACGGCACAACAUCAAAAGCACAGCUGAUAACAUAAUAAGAUCAAACACGAAAUUAAAAUCCGAAUCGUAAAAUCAAAAAUUGUAAAGCCAAAAAUAAAAAUAAAGUAUGCGUCACACAUAAAUUAGAUGUGAAACCCAUAAAUUCGAGGCUUACAGCUGUUUAGACCCAGCUCAAGACUGACUCUGAUAGGCAGCUGCAUAGGUAGAUGAUCAAUUUGUUGUUGUUUUGCGAUAUCUGUUUAUCUCUCUCUCUUUCUCUUUUUUUCUUUUUUUUUGUGGGCGUUGUUUUACAUUAACGCGCCGAGGGCAUUUCCGCUAUUCGAGCAACGUUCAACAAUCUGCGCUUUUGCAUAACAUAGCAAGUACCCUGGAAAUUUAAGGGAAUGACUAUGCAGUCUUUGAAGAGUUACUUGAGUUAUCAAAAUUAAAUGUGGAAUACAAGCUAAACAUCUAAAACAUCUUCAAACAUACAACCCAUUGUGAGAUCAAUUGAUUAAAUAUAAAUAAAUAAAAUAAAAUAAAUAAGUUUAGAUAUUGAAUUUAUAUAGAAAGUUUUUAAUUUUUUCAAAUAGUUAGACAAUUCCGUAUUGAACUAUUUUGAGUAUAUAGCUUUGAGCUCAAUAAUAUCUAUUAAGAGCUGUUCUGCUAUGCCCUACAGUAGAGACACUUGAGCUUACAGGGUAUCCAUUAGUCGAAUCAAUCUAAUUCACUGCCUUUUAUCGUUCGACUGUCUUGCUUCUUGAGGCAACUGCUAAAUCAAUUAAGAAAUCAUAGACACAACCACGCCCCCCAGGGGCCGUCAAUUGAUGUAUAUUUUACAUGGGCAAUAAAAAUGAAACGCCGACGCGUUGCCGAGGCUUGCAAUUUUCGAAUUUGCAGCAGCAGCGGCGGCGGCGCCACCAACGCGCUGCAAAGUUGCAACCGUUGGAAAAAAAAGAAACGUUGAAAAACGUGGCAUGUUGCAAUGGCAUAGACAAUGCACAAACACACAUUUCAUUUGCGUUUGCGUUUGCGUUUGCAGCGCUGUUGCAAGUGGGUACAAAGUAGUCUGAAGUUUUUGAUCAACAGCGCUCUGGGGAGUGCCUGCUGCAACAUGUUGUUGCUGCUGCUUAGCUGGCAAAAAUUGAUUUGUUGUGGCAAUAAAAGCGAAACGUUCAAUCAAGCGUGCGCUAACAAUCUGCCUGGCAGAUCUACAACUUUAACUCUUUCCAAGCAACAACAACAACAACAGCAAUAGUUGCUGCUGCUGCAAGCAGAUAAAAAUCUGUGUUGCACAAUGUGUGUGUGUGUGUGUGCUUCCAACAGGAGUUUGCACUUAAAAAUUCUACAUAAACAAUUCCGCCUGACCAAAAAAUAUAUUUUUGCUGCAGCUGUUGCUGUUGCUGUUGCCAUGCAACAUGUUGCUGCAAUAGCAAUCGCUCGCAAAUGUACAUCCAAUUGGCAGCGUGUGUCAUAAUUGUGCACUGCCCCCACUCUCUCACCCACUCACUCUCUCUUUCUCUCUCUCUCACACACACAUACUCUCUCAGUCUUGCUUUCUUUCUACCUCUCACUCUCGCGCUGUAGAACGUACGUGCCAAAUGGCACAAAAAACGUCGCCAACGCUGAUUGCAACAACAACACAGCAGCAGCAGCGGCAGCGGCAGCAACUGUGGCUGCUGGCGUCGGCUGUUGUCGUUUGGCCGCCAUCGCAAUCUAAUGUCAGAUAGUUUUGCGGUCGCUAACCCUCCACGACUAUGUGUGUAUGUGUGUGUGUCUGUAUGUUUAACUGUAUGUGGAAAAUGUGAAAAAUAGAAAUAGCACAGCGCAACGCACACACACACACACGCACACACACACGCACACUCGUACAAAGUUUGCAAUUAGUUUGUGCACUGAUGAUGAAUGCAAA